AUGUCGAAGUCCAUCGUCAACACCACUCCUUACCCGUUUCAAUUCGACGCAAGCAAUGGCCCAACCAUCGAGAGAAGCGACAAGAAAGCGAUAGUGAAAUUAGACAACUGCCGUGGAAAGACUCCUUCACUCCAGGCAACCAAGAUUCGAGCCAUGAUGCAAGAGGCGCAUGAAGAUCCAUCCAAGAUCCUUGCCCAUGUCUGCAGUUACGAUGCUUUGAGUUCACGACUUUGCGAAGAGGCCGGCUUCCCUCUAGUCUUCCUUGCCGGAUAUGCCAUGGCUUCAGCGUUUGGCCUUCCAGAUACUGGGUAUAUCGCUUUCCAGGAAGUUGCUGCCAAGGUUCAAGAAGUUGUCAGGGAAGUCAAAGUUCCCGUCCUUGUGGACGGUGAUACUGGAUACGGCGGGCCGAUGAAUGUGAAGAGGACCGUUGAGGGCUAUGCAGGAUGCGGCCACACUGCUGGCAAGAGCGUGGUCUCUAGAAGUGAGGCUUAUGCCCGAUGGCAGGCCGCAGUCGAUGCCAGAGACGAAGGGGUGGACAUGUGGAUCAUGGCCCGGACCGACAGUCUCAUCCACGGAUACGACGAAGCUCUCACCAGAGCCCGAAAGGCGAUUGAGAUUGGAGUGGAUGCCGUCUUUGUUGAGGCGCUCCCCGAUCGCGAGACCAUGGAACGACUUCGGAAGGACCUCGACUUCCCCGUCUUUGCCAACAUUAUCGAGGGUGGUAAGACGGAGAACUUGUCUGCGCAAGACCUGGGUAAGCUCGGGUAUUGCGGAGUUGCGUAUCCGUGGACUCUGGUUGCCGCAAAGCUGAAGAGCAUCCGCGAGGCUUUAGAGGCGCUCAAAGGUUCCUUCACUGUUGGAAAGCCUCCGACGAUUCUAUCUUAUGCUGAGGUUUGUGAGGGGGUCGGCUUCAACAAGUACUUCAAGCUUGAGGAGCGCUACCAAUUUGAGGGGCGCACAAAUGGAGCGAAUGGACACCAGUGGCAGGACUAA